GAUUUAUAAGCCCCGAGAUAUCUUCGGCAGCAACAAUGGCCCAGAUAUCAGGGUCUCGUCGACACUAUUCCGAAACAGCGAAGUUUUCUGUUACCGAGCGAAGGCCACAAAACGAUUAUCCUUCUCGUCCAAGACUUCGCGAUGUAUACAGACCAGUGCACUUAGCUGCAGCUUCAGAGACGGAAAUCUGGCUAAUGGAGCUAUGGAAAGACUUCCUGCUCGAACCUACGCCUUACCUGGUUUUAUCUGCCACCCUCUACUUGGGCCUCUUUAUAAUAUUUUUACAGUAUUAUCCGACCGUUUUGAAUAUUGCGUACUUUCUCAUUCAACUUAUACCUUGGGAUGACGAUCUUGGAGCACCGGGCCAUCAAUUCUGAGUAUAUCUUAGGAUGCAUUUGUUUAGAGCGUGUUAGAUAUGAUACCCUACUUUGUAUAUAUUUUUUCUACAGUUUUUAAUACCUGCCAGGUGGAGGUAGAUUAGCAUCCACCAUUAAUAUUAAUUAUCUUCAAUUCGAAAUAUAUCA